ACAGAUCCGGGGAGACAGUGAGCUGGAGAUUGAGUGCAAGUCGGUGGAGUCACAUAUUAAAUCACAGACUUCACUGCUCAUCUGAGGACUGUGACUUGACGUCCAGCUUCUUCUUCUUUUUUUUUUUUUUUAUUUUUGUAAUUUUUUUCUGUUCGGGCGGUUAAUGUCGCUGCACAUUUUUGACGUGCAGUCACAACAGGUUGACCGAUUAAAUCCAGCCACUAUGGAUUAUUCCUCUUCAUCUCCAGUCGAUUGCCACUGACGGGAUCGUAAUGGGCACCGUCGAGAGAUCAGUGUUGAUUGAGGAAGAAACGAACUGAUCAUAAUCAAGUGGAGCGGAGACGGAGGCAACAUCUGUGGGGGGAGCGACGCACAAUUUCGAGAGACAAGCGAGGGGACCUGUGGAGGGACCUGUAUGCAAGGAGGCGAAGCGAAGAGAUGAUGGGAUGGCCGUGGCAACAUGAAAAAGAAAAAGUGCGGUGGUCUAUUUUCAUCCAGCCAGUGAUUCAACACAACUAACCUGGGGGACAGGGACUGAGAGAGAAGAGGUAGGAGACAGGUGUGUGGCCACAGCCGUGACCAUGGAGCCUCCCCCCUCUCUGAGCUUGGCUCUGCUAGGAGGGAGCGAGGAUGAGGACCAGCGCUUCCUCCUUCCCCUGGGCAGCAUAUCCCAUCCCUCCACCACUGGCAACCAGCCAGGAUCAAACCACUCCAAUCACAUGGGAGGAUCAAGCCUCGACCGCCUAAAUGGCAGCACCCCGUCCCCAUCCACUGCCACGCCCAACUUGCCUCCAGCAUCACUCCCCAAGUUGCCCCUGUCAUCCUCUGGAGCUCAGCCUUUGCCCCCGCCCAUCCCCAACGCCCUGCAUCCCACCAGCACUCCGCUCUCCUCAUGCUUGGGCUCGCAGCACAGCCUGAGCGGGGACAACUCUCCGGUCUACAACGCCCUCUUUUACUCCUCCCACUCGCCCUCCAUGGAGCGGGAGAGGGACAGAGAGCGUGAGAGGGACAGGGAGCGAGAGCGAGAGCGAGAUCGAGAUAGAGGCUGUAAACACAGACAAGCCAGCCCUCUGGUUCACCGUAGGGACAGUAACCCCUUCACGGAGAUCGCCAUGAGCUCCUGUAAGUACACAGGCGGGGUCAUGAAGCCCCUGAGCCGCCUCAGCGCCUCCCGCAGAAACCUCAUCGAAUCAGACAGCAGCAGCGAAACCAAAGAGGUUGGCGUUUCAGCUGUUGCCGGGGCAACGGCAACAGGGGGGCAUGACCGACAACGAGAAGCCCCUCCCACCUCCUCGUUGUCCCAGUCCUCUACCAAUCAACCCCCAAUACAGAGCCCGCCAGAGAUUGUGAUUUCAUCCAAAGAAGACUCGCCGUACCCCCGAGCGGGGUAUGACAUCACAGACUCCACAUCCAACCAGAUGUCCAUCUACCACCAGAACCACGCGCUGGUGGAGAGCAGGCGGGCGCAGCCGGGGCGGGGGAGCAGGCAGGGAGGGGUCGGGGCGGUGGGCACCGGGCCAAGGGGCAGCACCUCCAAGGCCCCCAAACGGAAGAACCAAAACAUUGGCUAUAAACUGGGGCAUCGACGGGCGCUGUUCGAGAAGAGGAAGAGGCUGAGUGACUAUGCGCUCAUCUUCGGGAUGUUUGGCAUUGUCGUCAUGGUGAUUGAGACGGAGCUAUCGUGGGGCGUUUACACCAAGAGCUCCAUGUAUUCUCUGGCCCUGAAGUGUCUGAUCAGCCUGUCCACAGUCAUACUGCUGGGCCUCAUCAUAGCCUACCAUGCACGGGAAGUUCAGCUGUUUGUCAUCGACAACGGAGCUGACGACUGGCGCAUCGCCAUGACGAUGGAGAGGGUGUUGCUGAUCGCACUGGAGCUGCUGGUUUCUGCGGUGCACCCAGUGCCAGGGGACUUUAAGUUUCAGUGGCGGGCGCGGCUGGCCUUCUCGUACGCCCCGUCGCAGGCUGAGGCCGACCUGGACAUGGUGCUGAGUGUGCCCAUGUUCCUGCGCCUCUACCUCAUCGCCAGAGUCAUGCUUCUUCACAGCAAACUCUUCACUGACGCCUCCUCCAGGAGUAUAGGUGCCCUAAAUAAGGUGCAUUUUAACACUCGGUUUGUAAUGAAAACCCUCAUGACCAUCUGCCCCGGGACGGUGCUGCUGGUCUUCAGCAUCUCUCUGUGGAUCAUCGCUGCCUGGACCGUACGAGUGUGCGAGAGGUAUCACGAUGCCCAGGAUGUGACCAGUAACUUCCUGGGAGCCAUGUGGCUUAUCUCCAUCACCUUUUUGUCCAUCGGCUAUGGAGACAUGGUUCCUCACACCUACUGUGGCAAAGGAGUCUGUCUGCUCACAGGAAUCAUGGGUGCAGGCUGUACAGCUCUGGUGGUUGCCGUGGUAGCCAGGAAGCUGGAGCUGACCAAGGCCGAGAAACACGUACACAACUUCAUGAUGGACACGCAGCUCACCAAGAGGAUAAAGAACGCAGCGGCUAACGUGCUGAGGGAAACCUGGCUCAUCUACAAACACACCAAGCUGAUGAAGAAGAUCGACCACUCCAGAGUCCGCAAACACCAGCGGAAGUUCCUCCAGGCUAUACAUCAAUUACGCAGUGUGAAAAUGGAGCAGAGGAAACUCAGUGAUCAGGCCAACACACUAGUAGACCUCUCAAAGAUGCAGAGUGUCAUGUAUGAGCUCAUGUCAGAGCUCAACGACCGCAGCGAGGACUUGGAGCGCCAGAUGCUGUCCCUGGAGCAGCGGGUGGAGCAGCUCACCGCCGGCUUCAACACCCUACCUGCCCACCUCUCGGCCACCCUCAGCGCGCAGCACGCCGCCCUGGUCCACUUGCUUCGGGAGAGGGAUGCGAGGGACGGUAGAGGAGGUGGUGGUGGAGGAGGGGGAGGUGCUGUGGUCCCACUGUCUCCAGCUGCGUCUUUAGCCACUGCUUCAGCUUCAAUUUCUCCAGUCCAGGUCACAUCUCCAGCACCACCCCCAUCCCAAGUCCCCACGUUGGCCUUGGAGUCCCCUCUGUCGCCCCCACCUUUGAGCCCAGAGGGGAGCCUGGAGGCUUGUCCCAACCCCAACACCUGCACUUCUAGCUGCUGAAGACAGCUGUGAGGACCAGGACAGGACAUAUGUGGAGGGAAAACAGGGAGAGAGGAGGGGGAGAGGGGGGAUGUGCCAGUCCUCUCAGUUCAGACUAUAGGAGAGGAACAAGGAGGGAGGAGGAGAGAGAUGGGAGGUGAUCCUCUGAAACUAACGCUCCAUGAGGGAGGGAUGAAGACAGGACUAUGAGGAGAAAUAAUAGGAUUAAGAUGGAGGGCCGGUAUGAAUGAUGAGACAUGUUAGGGACUUUGGGGCGCCUUCCUUGACGAGGGAAGGAGAAGAAAAAUGGAGAAAAAAUGGAGACUCUAAAAUGUGUAAGGGGAGGGAGAAUGUCAAGAGGGUGAGAAAUGGAGGUAGAGAGGAUGAGGAGGGGGAAGGAGAGAGGAGGAGAAAUAACGAGGAAUAAUUAUAUGAACUCAGAGCUCCUAAAUGGAAUCCACUCCAAUUACUGAAAAAGGGCCUUUUAUUCUCUCUCUGUCUCUCUCUAUCUCUCUCUAUCUCUCUCUUUCUUCUUUUCUCCCCCUCUUUCCUUCCCUCUCUCCCAAUCUUUCUCUCCCUUCAUCAGGAAUUAAUGACCAUGACUUUUUAUCCUUAUGAUGUAUUUUCUAUCUGAAUGCUAAUUGUGUGUUAACGAGCAUCCCUUUAACAGAAGGUUCGAUCAAUACGACCAUGAUAUUAAAAAAAAAAAAAAAAAAACUAGUGGCAUGCACUGCACA